GGUUAGCAAUCCGAAGCAAUGGGCGACUGGAGCUUUCUGGGGAGACUGUUAGAGAAUGCUCAAGAGCACUCCACGAUCAUCGGCAAGGUCUGGCUGACGGUGCUGUUCAUCUUCAGAAUCCUGGUGCUGGGAGCCGCAGCGGAGGAGGUGUGGGGAGAUGAACAGUCAGACUUCACUUGUAACACCCAGCAGCCGGGCUGCGAGAACGUCUGCUACGACAGAGCCUUUCCCAUCUCCCACAUCCGCUUCUGGGUGCUGCAGAUCAUCUUUGUGUCCACACCCACCCUCAUCUACCUAGGGCACGUGCUGCACAUCGUGCGCAUGGAAGAGAAAAAGAAGGAGCGAGAGGAAGAGCAGCUGAAGGGAGGCCACCUGCCCCCCAAGCCGGCGGGGCCAUGUGGGCCCCCAGUGCGGGACGACCGUGGCAAAGUCCGAAUCACGGGGGCCCUGCUUCGGACCUAUGUCUUCAACAUCAUCUUUAAGACGCUGUUUGAAGUGGGCUUCAUUGCCGGACAGUACUUCCUGUAUGGCUUUGAGCUGAAGCCACUCUACCGCUGUGACCGGUGGCCUUGCCCCAACACAGUGGACUGCUUUAUCUCCAGGCCCACAGAGAAGACCAUAUUCAUCCUCUUCAUGCUGGCAGUGGCCUGCGUGUCGCUCUUUCUCAACAUGCUGGAGAUCUACCACCUGGGCUGGAAGAAGUUUAAACAGGGAAUGACCAACCAGUAUAGCCCAGACACCCCUGAAUCCAGGAUGGGGGCCACAAAGCCUGGGGGUGUGAGCCCACUCCUCCUCCCCUCCAACUCUGCCCCUCCCACCAUUACCAUUGGAUUCCCGCCUUCCUACACUCACUCUGCCUCUUCCCUAGGACAGGCAAUGGCCACGGGCUAUCCCGGGGCCCCUCCACCAGCAACAGACUUCAAAAUGGUAGCCCUGUCUGAGGCACAUGGGAAGGGCCAUGCUGCCAAAUUCUACAAUGGCAACCACCACCUGCUAAUGACAGAGCAGAACUGGGCCAACCAGGAGGCUGAGCAGCAGAGUUCAGCUAGGAAGGCCUCCCCGCCAGUGUCCGCUUCUGCAUCCCUGACCCCUCCAGGCAGCCCCCAGCAGCUCCCUCAGGGGGACAGAGCAGGAAGCAAAGUGCCUGUCCUGCUGGCGAAUGGGAAUGGCAGCCCCUGGGGAGAGAAGAAGUUGGAAGUGACUCCUGAUGAGGAGGAGCGGGCAGUGGCCACCGUGGUAGCGAUGCAUGCGCCUCCUUUGCCCCCUACAGACCCGGGACGGUCAAGCAAGGCCAGUAAAUCCAGCGCUGGUCAUGCCAGACCAGAUGACUUGGCCGUCUAGUGGUGGUCUCUCCAGACAGCUUUAUAAUCUUUUUUCUAGCAACCAAAACCAAAGUGUGGUUCAAAU